AUGGCUUUCAACGCUUUCGCGGGGUUUGAGACCAAAUCAGAAGACAAACACAGAUAUGGUAAACUUCUACCCAAGCAUCAUGUUACUUGUUAUGCAUUCAAUGUUCCCUUUCACUGGGACUACCUACCUGUCAUCCCCUACCAUGGCUUUGAUAAUGGCCGAGCAGUUGUUAAACUACUCACGAAGUAUCGCAUUGCGGCGCCUCAAGGCGACACUCGUCGCACUUUCAAAUCUACCAAGGACAUCCUCCACGCUGCAAAGAUCUUGGAAAAAGGGAACCACACCGUACCGGCAUUCAUCGUCAAACUUCUCAGAGGCGUUAUCGCCAAGCGGAAGUACGUCUUCAGUCUUUACCAGGCGCUCAAUGUCGGCGACGCCAAACAUGCGGCAUUUGUUGUGAGACUCCAAGAAACUCUUGUCAUAAUCACCCCUUUGGCGAGCCGCUCGACUUCAACCGGCGGCGCGACGUCUGCCACGGCAGCCACGCCCGUUGUGGUGACUCCAAACCCAUACUCGCAUCUCCGUGUCAGGGAGAAGAACGUCCGAUAUCAGGCGCAGGUGGAUCAAGACGGCGAUGAAAAAGAAGCAACUCCAACGUUUCCAUCCAAGGAAGAAGGAGAUACCGACGCUGACAACGACGACUACGAUGCUUCGACUUUGCAUACCAGCUCGAAACUCCCUACUGCUACCCAUAGGCGGUCAGUCAAGGGCAGGGUCAUUGUUCGUCAGCCCGAGGUCUUCCGCGAAGAUGGUGAGACGUGCCGCGUUUUCGAGGUGGCCUAUCUUCUACGCACCGUUUUUCCUCUGACCAGUGACGAGAUGGAGAAGACGUGCAGCCACUUUUUCGAUUUUCUCGAAGCGCAACCGGAGAUCGACGACGCGACUGACAAUCAGCUUAAUGUCGUCCGCUCUUGCGACUUCCGCGCGUUCGUCAAUGACCGGAGUUCCAACCGCGACCAGCUCGGAAGGGGGGCGACUUUGGAGGAACAUGCUGCCUCUACAGAGGCAACAGAGCAAACUGACUCCCCGGACUCAGCAGACGAUGCUUCGACAGAGCUGUUUUUCGGCAUGGAUCUGCUCGUAACGACAUUUGAUGCCUUCCGCUGGCCAGAUGGGAAACUCAACAAAGACGUUGAUGUAAGGACCCGUGCUCUCGACCUAGCCUAUGACAUGAGAAUCGCGGUAGACGACUCGUUGAAAGUCUUGCAAGACUCCUUCAACUACGCUCAUGGCGCAACCCUGUUAGAGGAAAUGAGGGAAUUAUUGCGGGGCCUGUCCGACUAUACCGGCGGACACGUGGGGGGAGAUGUUAUUUCAGCCGCAAUCCCGGCGACGCUUCACCUCUACAACGCCCUCCGGCGCUCCGACUUCAAUCUCGCCGAGAUUCCCAUCUUGAAAGAGUUUUGCAACCUUUUCGAGGUCAACGUUGCUCAAGUGGGGGAACAAGGAGUGUAUCGUCCCGCCGCUGAUGUCUACCUUUUCGAGCCACACGACAAUCAUCACAAGAUGCCCCCCAAAUGCUUGGCCCGGUCCCUCGGAGAAAGCAAUCCAACAUCAAAGGCCCAGGAGGAGAAGAUUGCCAAGAAAGCCGUAUCACAACCGAUUACGGCAUUAAUGCAGGGGGCCAAGGAGACGGUGUUGCCAGAGUUUAGUGGUCCUGUCCCCGUCCUCGAGAACUUCAGCGAGAUCAUCGACGAAAGUGAGUUGAAGGGUUCACUGGGGUUUUCUCCGCCGGUCGAGCUUCAUGCGAUUCGUGGAGUAUCCAUGGUUGACAAUGCGCUCGAGGUCAUCGCUGAGUACUCCAAGACUCAUCGCAACGGAAAGAAGCUCUCUUAUUUGGAUUGGCCAACGUUUGCAGCCAGGGCAUUUAAUGUUGUCGACAAGAACGCAACUCUAGAGCAGUUCUUGUGGAAGGUUUAA